GUGAGAAACUCAACGAUAAGGAAACCGACAGGCACACUCUCUUGUCCUCCUUUAAAAACUUCUUGGGGAAGACUCUCUUUCUUCUCUCCAAGGCACGCCGCCGCUGCUAAUCAAACUCUCUUCCAAAACCCUAUCCCUCUCUGUUUCUCUAUGGCACCAAAACGUGCUCCUCCCGUUGAAGAUCCACCUUCUGCUUCUAGCUCCGAAGAAGAAGAAGAAACUUCCAGUGGUGAAGAAGAAGCAUCUGAUGAUGAACAGAGCCACCCCUCUCCUCCACAGCCACAAACCAAAACCAUCCGAACCCAAAACUCAGCCCCCAAAAAACCCGAGCCCACCACUCAACAAUCUGAAUCUGAGCUCGAAUCUGAUUCUGGGUCGGAGUCAGAAUCCGAAUCUGAAUCCGAACCCGACCAGAGUGUCAAGCCUAUAACCUCUAAACCAAUGGAGGAGACCCCACCGAAGGAAGCAGCAGCGGUCAAGAAGUCCAGAUCCAAACCAGCUGUAGCCGCCACUCCGGAGAAAUCAACAGCUGUGAAGAGGGGUAACGGGGCUGAUCGCGAUUCGAAAGACUUGAAACGGGCUAAGAGCAAGGAAUCCGAGCCUGAGAAGUCCGAGGACUCCAAAAAACAGCUCUUUCAAAGGUUGUGGACUGAGGAGGAUGAGAUUGCGCUGUUGCAAGGUAUAAUUGAUUUUAUUGCAGAGAAAGGUUAUGACCCGUCAAAGGAUAUGAAUGCGUUUUAUGAUUUUAUUAAGAGGUCUUUGCAUUUUGAUGUGUCUAUGACUCAAUUGAAGGAUAAGAUUUCUAGGUUAAGGAAGAAGUUUGAGAAUCAUGUGAAAGGGAAAAAAGGAGAAAGCAAGAUUUUUAGCAAACCGCAUGAUCAGAAGGGGUUUGAUUUGUCGAAAUAUAUUUGGGGCAGUGAAGGGACUAUUAAAGCUAACGGGAAGAAAAACAAUAAUAGUAAUGAUAAUAGAAAAGGGAAUGCUAAGAAACUAGAGGCAUUGAAGGCUGAGUUGGGUAUGGAUGUGGGGGAGGAGGAGAGAAUGGAAGUUGAGAUGGAGAGAGAUUCAAGUGUCAAAAAGGUUUUGAAGUUUGAUGGAAGUGUGAGUGGUGGAAAAAUGGAUGAUUAUGUGGUGAGAAAUGGAUUGGAUUUUGCGCAUGGAAUGAAGAAGGCAGAGAUGGAGGAGAAGUGGAGGAAGUUGCAUAUGGCUGAAUUGGAGUUGUUUUUGAAGCGGAAUGAAUUGAUACGAGAGCAAGCAAAGUUAAUGCUGUCAGCUUUUAAAGCUGACAAGGAUUAGUGUGGUCGAGAAGAUACAUGUAGAGGGGUUUCAUGGUUUAAGUAAUAAGUGAUCUUGUUAGCUUUUCCUUUUUUGUUUAGGUUUCAUAAUCAGCACUAAGUUUGGAAUGUUUAGCUUCAUAGAUAAUAUUAUCCGUAGUCCUUUUGUUCUGCACAAUUCUGUUUUCAAGGCUUAACUCUCAUUUAGUAGCUAUGCUAUGUUUUAUUUCUCAUUUAGUAGAUGUUUUGUUGUUUA